AUGCUAUAUGGCUGUGACUUUGAUUAUUAUUAUAAUAGGACUCCAAGCAACUCUCUCUCUCUCUCUUUCUCUCUCUCAGUUCUUUAUUUCCACCCUAUAAAAGGACUCCUUCAGUCCUUCUUCAAGGUAUAGUUGCUUGUGUACUCGAGGAGAGAGCCAGAGAGAGAGAGAAAAAAAAAAAAAUGGCAAGAGAAUGGCAUCCAUUGUUGAAAGGAAGAGGAGAAAGCAAAUACAGUCAUGGGUUUUCCAAAGCAGAAAUGAGGUCAAUGCAAAGUAUAUGUGAAGCUGUAUUGCCUCCUCUGCCUUUCAAUUCUAAUUUGGAAGGGAAAGAAGAGCAACCCAGCAAAGCCCUUCAAUUCUUCUACAAAGCUUCUGGGGCUCAAUCUCCAACCCCAGAUGAGGUUGCACAACUGGUGGCGAAGAGGGGCUUAAAAGAAGCACUAAUAUUGGUGAGAGUGGUUCUAUGGAUACUCUCCACCAGAUUGGGAACCUUACUUCUUUGUGGCUCUCUUUGUUUUGGUGAAAAAUGGCCUUUCAUUAACAACUUUUCAAGCAUGUCUUUGGAGAAAAGAGAGAAAGUGAUUCAAAAGUGGUUUAAGCACAAGUUUCUUACACCUAUUAGGCUUGCUUUUGUUUAUAUCCAACUCCUUUGUCUCUAUGUCUUCUUCUCCAAGGUGGAUGAAAAUGGAGAAAACCCAGCAUGGGAAGCCAUUGGAUACAAAGUAGACAAAGAAGAAACAAUAUUGCCAGAAGUCCACCAUGAGAGACCACUUGAAAAGGGAAUCAUAGAAACAAUGUACGAAACAGAUUCAACCCUUUUAGAAUCUCUAACUCAGAAAGGUCUAAGAGCCACAAAAGAUUCAAACCAAAACCUUUACAAGAUUGAAUGUGAUGUUGUGGUGGUUGGUUCUGGUUGUGGUGGAGGUGUUGCAGCAGCAAACCUAGCAAGCUCAGGCCAGAGAGUGAUUGUUCUUGAGAAAGGAAACUAUUUCACUCCUUCAGAUUACUCUUCCUUAGAAGGCCCUUCAAGUGAUCAACUAUAUGAAUGUGGUGGUGUUUUUGCAACCCAAGAUGGGAAAGUGUUCUUAAUGGCUGGUUCCACAGUUGGUGGAGGCUCUGCUGUUAACUGGUCGGCUUCUAUACGAACGCCCGAAUCUGUACUUAAAGAAUGGAGUAAGGAACAUAAGCUUCCUAUGUUUGGGAACUCUGAAUAUGUCUCUGCUAUGGACUCUGUGUGUACGAGAAUUGGUGUCACAGAAAAAUGUGUAAAAGAGGGAUUCCAAAAUCAAGUUCUUCGAAAAGGUUGCGAAAACCUUGGUGUCGGUGUUGAGUACGCGCCACGAAACUCUUCCGAGUCUCAUUACUGUGGUUCCUGCGGUUAUGGCUGCAGAAGAGGUGAUAAGAAAGGUACUGAUUCAACAUGGCUGGUUGAUGCUGUUGAAAAUGGUGCUGUGAUCUUAACGGGAUGCAAAGCCGAGAAGUUCAUAUUGGAGAAGAACAAGCAUGGAAGUAGGAGAAACAAGAAGUGCUUGGGAGUGAUAGCAGUGACUCUAAACAAUAACAUCACAAAUAGACUUAAAAUUGAGGCCAAAGUGACAAUCUCUGCUUGUGGAGCUCUAUUGACACCUCCAUUGAUGAUCUCUAGCGGAUUGAAGAAUCCCAACAUUGGUAGGAAUCUUCAUCUUCAUCCUGUUCUAAUGGCAUGGGGAUACUUUCCUGAAUCAAACUCGGAAUUCCAAGGCAAAAUCUUCGAGGGUGGUAUCAUCACCUCGGUUCACAAGGUGGUGUCAGGAGAAGACUCAGAGGUACAAGCGAUCAUAGAAACACCUGCAUUGGGGCCUGCGGCGUUUUCCAUUUUACAUCCUUGGACUUCUGGACAUGACAUCAAGGAUAGAAUGCUCAAGUACUCAAGAACCGCGCAUUUUAUAACGAUCAUCCGGGACAAAGGGUCCGGAGAAGUGAAGGUUGAAGGCAGGGUUAGCUAUGAGUUGGAUGAAUCGGAUCGAGAGAAAUUGAAGGCCGGGUUGAGACAGGGGCUGAGGAUACUGAUUGCAGCAGGAGCUGUUGAAGUUGGAACACAUAGAAGUGACGGGCAGAGAUUGAAAUGCCAAGGGGUUGGAGAGAAGGAAAUUGAGGAGUUUUUGGACACAGUUUAUGCAGUUGGAGGUCCACAAUCAAUGAAGGAGAAAUGGGUGAACUAUUGCACCGCUCAUCAAAUGGGAAGCUGCAGGAUGGGGUGGAAUGAAGAAGAAGGCGCGGUGGAUGAGAAUGGCGAGAGCUGGGAAGCUGAAGGCCUGUUUGUUUGCGAUGCUAGUGUUCUUCCUACUGCUGUUGGUGUCAAUCCCAUGAUCACCAUCCAAUCAACUGCCUACUGUCUUUCUAAGAAAAUUGCGGAGUCUUUGAGAAGUUGAUGUAAUUGUGUAAAGCUAAACAAAUUAUUGAUUUUACUUGUAUUGUUUUUACUUAUAUAUACGUGUGCAUGCCGCGGAAAUACACAAUAUAUGUACAUAUAAUCCGCAGGUUUCAAAAUCUUAAUGGUAGUUUUAAAAUAAGUAUCCGCAUGUAAUAGUGUGUCCUAAAUAAUAUAUAUAUAUAUAUAUAUAAAGUGUA